AUCAGUACACACAAGGCUGGGGAACCCACACUGCCUGCUGUGUGAGAGAUCGCCACGGAGGGGCUGAAGGCACGGGACCAGCAGGUGACAACCAUGGCCGGAGACAGUAAGCCCCGGAGAGUCGGAAUCAUCGGCUUCGGACACUUAGGCCAGUACCUGACCGCGAGGAUUGAGGAGGAGGGGUGUCGGCACGGUCUGGAGCUGGCCUUCGUGUGGAACAGGAGCCGGGACAAGAUGGAGGGCCGCGUCCGGAGGGAGCAGCAGCUGCCGUCCCUCAGCGACGUCGUGCACAGGCGGGCGGACCUGGUUGUGGAGGUCGCCCACCCUCACAUAGCCAAGGAGCACGGAGCGGAGAUCCUGAAACACGCAGACUUCAUGGUCGGGUCACCCACAGCGUUUGCCGAUCCGGAAGUGGAGGCGGCGUGCCGGGAGGCGGCGAGGAGACACGGACACACCCUGUACGUACCCAGCGGCGCAUUGUGGGGGGCAGCGGACAUCCAGAGAAUGGCCGACAGCGGAGCCCUGCAGGCUCUGAAGGUGACGAUGAGCAAGCACCCCGACAGCUUCAGGCUAGAGGGGGCUUUGGGGGCGCAGGGGGAGAGUCGGGGGGAGCGGGCGGUGCUGUACGAGGGCCCUGUGAGGGGUCUUUGCCCCCUGGCGCCCAACAACGUCAACACCAUGGCAGCCGCAGCCAUGGCCGCCCACAAUCUGGGCUUCGACCGGGUACAGGGAUGUCUGGUGUCUGACCCCAGCUUGUCGGAUUGGCACGUCGUGGAGGUGGAGGUGAGAGGCCCGGUGGACGAGGCUUCAGGCCACGGUUUCACGGUGAGGACCACGCGCCGGAACCCCGCCACCCCGGGGGCAGUGACGGGCUCGGCAACCUACGCCUCCUUCUGGAGCAGCCUGCUGAAUUGCAAAGGUCACGGAGGGAAACUCUUCCUGUGCUGAUGAACUGUCGCUUCCAAGCAGCGAGGAAGACGGCGUCAGAAUUUGGAACUUAAGAGAGUUUCGAUUUUUUUUUAAAACACACCAUUCUUGACCCCAGGAAAUAAAGCACGAUCUUCUCUCGCGUUA